AUGGCUUCCAGCACAGAGAGCUUGAAGAAGAUCACGCUCAAGAGCUCGGACGGCGAGGAGUUCAUCGUGGACAAGACAACCGCCAUGGAGUCGCAGACCCUCCGCCACAUGAUCGAGGACGAUUGCGCCGACAACGCCAUCCCGCUCCCCAACGUCAACACGAAGAUCCUCUCCAAGGUCAUCGAAUACUGCAACCAGCACGUGCAGGCCAGACCAAUGCCGGCCGACUCCCCCGUCGCCGACGCCGCCGCCAACUCCUCCACCUCUGCCCCAGCCGCGGCGCCAGCCCCCACCGUGGACAUGAAGAGCUGGGACGCCGAGUUCAUCAAGGUCGACCAGGCCACCCUCUACGACCUUAUCCUGGCUGCAAAUUAUCUUGACAUCAAGGGAUUACUGGACCUCACUUGCCAGACUGUCGCCGACAUGAUCAAGGGCAAGACUCCUGAGGAGAUCCGCAAGACCUUCAACAUCGAGAAUGACUUCACACCGGAGGAGGAGGCCGAGAUUCGCAAGGAGAACCAGUGGGCUUUUGAGUAG